AUGAUACGAGCAGUCCGUCAUAGCGCCUCGAGAGCGCAAUGCGCCCGUCUGCACGUCGGGCGCGCCACAAGUCUUGCGACCGACACUUUCGUUCGCCGGUCUCCCCACGAUCCGAAUAACAGCUCCAAACUGCGUGCAAGCGCACUAGGCGACGACGUGCAAUGGCUCCGUGUGGGCCCGCGGGGCGUCGGUAGUCCGGAUCUGUGGGCUAAAGAUAUGCCUCGUAUCGAUAUGAUCAGCGCCGUCAUGUCGUCAUAUACGAGCAACUUUAUUCAAACAGCUGUUAAUCCACACAUGGAUACACCAAAGGCAAGUGAUAAGCAGGCGUAUGUCGAAGCCCUGGCACUAAAUGAGACCAUACAAGACGCACAUGUCCCACGUGAAUGUGUGGUCACGUCGACACUUAUUGGCAGCAACGUGCUGCAAUGGACUCGUGAGUCGAUACCCGAGAAGCGACUGACCAAGGAGUACGUGGAGAAAGGGGUGGCAAUUGCCCGGCAAGAGCUAGACGUAGAGACGGUGGACCACGUUGUGUGCCAAAUACCGGAAGAGCUGGCUCGACUACCAGAAAAGCAGACGAACUUGAUGGAAAAGCUCAAGACCACGUGUGACGUGCUGGAAUCUAUGUGUAAUGAGGGGACCGUGCAAAGUUACGGCUUUUCGUUGCCGCAUAUGGUUGAGUCAAGGAAACCACUAGAGCGGUUGGUGGAGAAGACGUUUACGCCGCUAUCGGAACAGUUUGGACGAUUUGCGUCAUUGCAGCUGCCACAACACGUGGGCAGUGCGGUGUUUCCACUACCAGAAAGCGUCAUGCAGUUUCGUGCAGAGCGUGCGAUGUUUUUUAUCGGUGACCGGCCGCUUGAAGCGAUGCUGUCUAGCGGUAAUCCGUUUCAUCUAAAGACGUACGAGACCAUCAGUGGUGAAGAGAUAGCGCUGCUGCUGAAGACAGCAUUCAACUUUGCGGUCGCUGUCGAAGAGAAGUACAUAAAAAUGAUACGUCCGGAGAAUGAGCACCUUGACCUGCCACCAGCGGACGAAGUGGCGUGGGCGCAUGUGCUAGCUAACCAGUAUGACCAAUUCGACAACCUCCAGGUGUGGACGUAUGUCCGCGAGACCCAGAUAUCGCCUCGCUUGGACGCGACCCUGAAGCAAUUGAACAAGCACAAGGAGACCAAGGAGCUGGGAUUCGCCUACAUGAUGGCUAUGGGCCAACUGCUAAAGUGCUUUACACAAUCGGUCGAGCUGGUAGCAGCUGAGCGAUCGACUGCGCUCAUGACUGCGUGGAAGGAGGAAAAGGGACUGCUUCCGUCCGACGCGAUCACUGUCGAAGAAGUGGCCGUGAUGGCAGCUCUUAGUGCCGGUAUGGACAUCACUUUACUCGAAGAGCAGCUCCCGGCUUCGUCCUCGCUGCCAUUCACCGAGAAGUUCUCGUUUGACCAGCUACAACAGAUCGCUCGGCUGGCAAAGCCUCAUUUUGUCGUCGCAUAG